AGUUCUGCCUGUGUGGCAUCCCAAACUUCAUGGCAGUAAGAUGAACAUCUGUAGCAGAAGUGAAACUUCGUGAUGAUCAAUAUACCCUUGACCACAUGCGUGCUUUUGGCAUGUAUAAUUAUCUUCACCUUGAUUCCUGGUCCCAGGAUAAUGUCUACUAUGUUGAUCAGUUUGGAAGGGUUAUGAAUCUGUCAGUGACUCUGGACACUGCUCUACAAAAACCAAGAGAAGUUUUCAGGCUACCUACGGACUUGACAGCUUGUGAUAAUCGCCUUUGUGCCUCAAUACACUUCUCAUCUUCCACAUGGGUUACCCUUUCUGAUGGUACAGGAAGACUGUAUUUAAUUAAAUCAGGCAAGCGUGGAAACAGUGCAUCUGAAAAGUGGGAGAUUGUGUUUAAUGAAGAACUAGGAAGUCCAUUUAUUAUAGCACACAGUGUUUCAUUUGUAAAAUCUGAUAUGCAUUCAGUAGCUGUGCUGCUGCUUAGGGUAGAAAAAGAUGAAUUGGAUGCAAAAGGAAGUGGAUUUCAUAUUACCUUGGAAUGGGUUACGAUUGCAGCGAUAAGCAAAGAGGGUGAUCAUAGAUAUGAAAUCUUUAAAAGGAGAUUUCUACAAGGAAAAUCAGUCCCCCAUUAUGCAGCAAUAGAGCCGAGUGGGGAUGGUCUAAUGAUUGUUUCCUACAAACCAUUCAAAUUUAUGCAAGAUGAAGACGACAAAUUAGAAGAAAAUGACGAUGCAAAAGCAACAAAUGAAACGAAAGACCCUCUCUAUUACUGGCAGCAGACUGAAGAUGAUGUGACAGUAACAGUUCACAUUCCUCAAGACAUCACUAAGGAUGACAUAAAAGUACGCUUUUCCCCUGACAACAUAUGUGUUACACUGAAAGACCAGCUUCCUUUGGUGGAAGGAAAACUCUAUUCAUCUGUGGACCAUGAAAGCUGCACAUGGAUAAUUAGAGAGAACAAAAGUUUGGAAAUUUCUCUAAUUAAGAAAAAUGAGGGACCCCGGUGGCCAGAGCUAAUAGUUGGUGACACAAGAGGGGAAUUCAUUAUGGACUCUUCCCAAUGCUCUGAAAUAACUGAAAGCCUGAUGCAUCUUACUUCUGAAGUAAUGAAUCCAAACCCUGAAAAGGAAAACCCACCUUGUAAUGCUCAAGAAUUAGAAGAAUGUGAUGCUUUUCUUGAAGAUAGUGCAAGCUUGUGCAAAUUUGAUGGUGAUACCUUGAAAGUCACUCAUGUAAUUAAUCUUGGAAGCAACCAGUAUCUUUUCUCAGUUGUUGUGGAUCCCAGAGAAAUGCCAUGCUUCUGCCUGAGGCAUGAUGUUGAUGCUCUUCUCUGGCAGCCCCACUCUGACCAACCAGAGAACAUGUGGGAACACAUUGCAACUUUUAAUGCUUUAGGUUAUGUCCAAGCAUCAAAGCAAGACAAGAAGUUUAUGGCUUGUGCUCCAGAUUACUCCUACGCUGCUCUUUGUGAGUGCUUGCGACGAGUUUUCAUCUAUCGUCAGCCUACUCCUCUGUCCACAGUUCUCUACAACAGGAAGGAAGGAAGACAAGUAGGACAGGUUGCUAAGCAGCUAGUAGCAACCCUGGAAGCCAAUGAUCCUAUCUUAGGCUUUCAAGCUACAAGUGAGAGAUUAUUUGUUCUCACAACAAAAACCUUGUUUUUAAUAAAGGUGAACUCUGGAAAUUAAUUAUUCAGUAUAUUCUGCUGUAGUUUGUGUUAGCAAUUUGUUAAAGAACUGGCUAGGUAAAUGAUCUGAGAAGUUCAGUACAAUUUGCUGAAGUUUAAAAAGGAGAUAUUUUACAGGGGAAUCAAAAUUUUUCAUUAGAAUUUUUCUGUAAGAUAGUGAGACAGUUUUUCAACUUUGCUGUCACUGAAGUAAGCUUUUUCAGAGCUAUGGGAAAUGUCUUCUGCGCUAACAGCUUUCUCAAAGCAAUUGUCAGAGGCUGCUAUCGCAUAGGUGAAUAGAUUUAUGCAUUGUUUUUUCCAGAUGACUCUGUUUGCCAUAAUUCUGUGUUUUGAGAAUUCACUUCUGUUUUUAAAUGCCACUGUUUACCUGUGAAAGAAGUAGUCAGAUAAGGAAAAUACAGCCUUGAGUUACAAGCAUAUGAUGUGCGAAGUAAAGAAGUGUGUAUCAUAAAGAAAAAACCC